UGCGAAGACGGCUCUUUCGGUGUGCGGAACGCGGGCGAACCGCGACCUAAUGAGCAAAAGUCCCAAGCGUGCCAUGGCUGGGAAGGUUCGGCGGCGCGGUAGGAACCUGGGGGACACGCUGGUGGUUGGCCGCAGGCUCAGGUCUCACGGGGAGCAUCGGCAUGGGCAAGAGCACUGUCUCCAGAUGGUUGCAGGAGAUGUCCGUGCCGCUGGACGAUGCAGAUGCCACGGUGCAUCGGCUCUAUGCGCCUGCAGGCGAUGCGGUGAGGCCAGUGACGAAGGCCUUUGGCGAGAAAGUCGUCGGCAAGGACGGAGGCAUCGACCGCGGCGCCUUGUCCAAGCUGGUGGUGGGCGAGGAGAACAAGGAGAGACUGCAGCAGCUGGAGGCCAUCGUGCAUCCGCUGGUGGAAGCCUCCAGGGAUUUGUUCAUCGCAGACGCGCAGAAGAGAAACGAGCCCCUCUGCGUCUUGGACAUCCCGUUGCUCUUCGAGAAGCAGCUGGAGAAGCAUUGCGACCUGGUUGUCGUGGUGAGUGCCCCUGCGGAGCAACAGCGUGCGCGGGUGUUGGCCCGCAACGACAUGACGCCCGAGAAGUUCAUGGCGAUCCUAGCCAAGCAGGUGCCGGACGCGGAGAAGCGGCUGAUGGCAGAUUGGGUGGUGGACACGGGCCUCGCUUUCGAGGAAAGCAAGGCACAGGUGGUGGCCUUUGUGAAGGAGUGCCGUGAGAAAGUGGCCGGCGAGAAGAAGCGGGAGAGGACUUUGUACCUGCUCUUCAUGGGGGCCGCGUUGCUGGCCGGCGCUGCCGCGGCAAUGGUGGCCCAGCGCGCGCUCCGGCGAGGAGGGAGAUCCUCAUUGUGAGGUGGAAGUGACUCAUGAAGUCCUUCAGGCGAAGAUUGGGUUUCACUCGGGUGCCCGCAGUCCGACUGGGUUCGCAGGGAGCUGCUCACUCGGC